UCACACCAUAUCGAGGCUGAGACCUAUAGCGUUAUUUGCCUUACAAAAUACACCGUACACGUGCGUUUUGUCUUUAAAAUUCUCAAUUUUGCCCUCCGUGAAGCGAGUAUUUCGCAGAGAGGACCAAAACCGCCGCCAAUAUGACAGAAGAGGUUAACCCAAAAGCCUACCCACUAGCCGAUCCCGCUCUGUCGAAGCAAAUAUUAGAUUUAGUUCAACAAGCUUCUAACUAUAAACAGCUAAAGAAGGGUGCCAAUGAAGCAACGAAGACCCUGAACCGAGGUAUAGCUGAACUCAUAGUGAUGUCCGCAGAUGCAGAGCCACUCGAAAUUCUGCUGCACUUGCCUCUGCUGUGUGAGGACAAGAAUGUACCCUAUGUCUUUCUCAGGUCCAAAACUGCGCUGGGCCGUGCGUGUGGAGUCUCGCGUCCUGUCAUUGCGUGCUCCAUCACCGUGAACGAGGGCUCUCAGAUCAAGCCCCAGAUUCUUACUCUGCAGAGGAACAUAGAAAAGCUGCUCAUCUAGAUGCCCUCUUCAGCAGGGAGGAGGCGAUGUGACUGUAGCGUGGAAUGCCUGUAGAGGGAGCCAUUGCAGGGGCUGAACGGAGUGUUGAAUCAUUGAAAUUUUCACCAAAGUGUCAUGGUCGAUUACCAAGUUUCAUUCGACCACAUAGAAUGUUAUUAUAAGCAAAUAAUGUGUACAAUCAUACCGAAACAUUUUCAUUUAUUUCCUUUCAUUAGCGUUCGUCUUUCGUUGUUACAAACAAGUUGGGUUUAAAUACUGUAGUGUGCAAGAGGCAUGUACAUCUGUCUUUUAAUGCGAAAAGGCCUAGUAUAAGCUGCUAUGAGGGGUUUUAGCGAGAAAUGUUGUGUGAGAUAACCGUUUGUUUCUACAACCAGGUGAGCGACCAUGUUUUUAUAUCUUGUUCCAUACAAUUCCUGUAUAAGGUUUGCGUAAUUGAUUUUGUCCUUCUGUGUCUGUAGACUGCACUAGUAUUGUUUAUCUCGGCAAUUUUUCAUCUCUGCAGCCAAGCUGGCAGCAUUUCGUUUACAUCAUGAGAGUGUGGGUCAUUCACCAUGUCAUGACUACUGCAGCUGCCGGUGUACAUUCCACUAGCUUGACAUCGUGUGUGAGAUUGUGAGAAAUUAAAUUGGGAGAGAGAACCUACUGUUCAACAGAGAGACCACAUUUAUUUUGGCGAUACUUGCUAGGAACUCACUUGCUGUGCUACCCUGUUAAUUACUAUUAAUUCAUAAAUAAUGGAAUGUCUUUAGGUAUGUAUUUGGCAGAAUGUUGUCCUAUUGCAAUAAUGUGAUGUAAACCGAAAUUUUUCUGACUGGUGCAUUUGUAGUUAAAAUACAUAGGGCUUACAUUGUCUGGGAUUUUGUUUUUAUUGUACAUACCUUUGCUGCAAGCGAAAUUUGUAAACU